AUGGGCCAAAUGAAAAUAGAUUAUACUGGUCGAGCUAACUAUAUUUACUCGAUGGAAGGACGAAUGCUUAAAAAUGGCGAUUCAGAUCCUCCACCGGAAUUGUCCGUCUUAACCGAACCUCCAUUGCCAUAUCAUCAAAUUCCUUCAAACGAUUACACGCCGUCACCCGAAUUGGCCAACCAUUUAAUCAACUUGUACUUUAUCCAUGUUCAUCCUUAUAUUCCAAUUUUACAUAAGGCUUCGUUUUUGAGACGCUUUGGCGACAAAUCAAAUCCUCUCUCACCAUUAUUAGUUUAUUCCGUAUUCGCCUUGGGUGCAAAAUAUUCUGAUGAUGUAAAUGUUCGUUUAGAUCCCAUGAAACCUGAAACUGCGGGACUUAUUUAUUAUAAUCGUGCUAAAGAUCUAUUGGAUGAUUUCUUAGAUACUCCAAGAUUAUCUACCGUACAAGCACAAAUUUUAAUUUUGAAAUUUCAAGAGGGGAUUCGUAGAUCUGGUUUCUUUUUUAGAAGUUGGUUAUAUUUUGGUGUUAUUAUUAGGAUGGCACAAGAUUUAGGUUUAAAUAAAAAUUUUGAUAAAUGGAAUUUACAUAUUUCUCGUGAAGAUAUGAUUUGUAGAAAACGUGUAUGGCAAAUUUGUUUCUUAUUUGAUCAAUUCAUGAGUGGUGCUCAAGGAAGAGAUGUUGUCAUUUCAUUAUCAAAUACUGAUAUUGAACUUCCACAUAAAGAUGAUUAUGAUGAUGAACAAGAAUUUCAAGUUCAAACCGAAUUUGUUCACCUUGUACGACUUACAAAGAUUCUCGCCAGUGUAAUGUCAGUAAUAGCACCUGCAGGUGCUGGUGCUCCAUUACAAGCAUGGUCAGCUAAUCCAAAAUUACAAAUUCUUGAUAAUGCAUUAGAAGCUUGGUUACAUGCACUUCCACCAAAACUUAGAUGUCAACAAGAAAUUGAAGCUAGUCCUAAUUCUCUUCCACAAACUCCUUCAUCACAUUUCGCUGGUUUCAUCAAUAUUUUAUAUCAUACUGUAGUAAUAUUACUUCACAGACCAUAUAUUACAAGUUUAGAUAAUAUUAAAGGAUCACAAAAUUCUCAACAUUUAAAUAUGUGUACCUUAUCAGCUAAUAAUAUAUCUCAAAUUGCUCAAAAGAUGUUUGAACAUUGGGGUCCAAUCGUAUUUCAAUAUCCAAUUCGUGGAGGAAAUUAUGGAGUUUAUUGUUUAGUUGCAGCUUCAAUGAUUCAUUUAGUAAAUAUGUCAUCUCAUGAUCUUAGAAUAUCAAGGUUAGCUCAUGAUCAUUUAUUAAGAACUUUGGGAGUUCUUAAAGUUUGUGUUGAACAUAGUGCAGCAUGGGACCUUAGAGAUAAAGUUCAUAAUUUAGAAGCGGCUUUUUCAGCUCAACAAGCACGACAAUCAACAGUUACAAUGUUAUUUCAUCCAGGUUCAAAUCCUAAUUCACCAAAUCAUAUGACACCUAUGAAUGGAAGAUCAUGUAGACCACCUAUAAAUAAAAGACGUUCAACUACUCCAAAUAGUGACUUAAACUUAAAAACUGUUGAAACUAAUCAACAAUUACUUUCAAAUAGUUUACCUGAAAAUUUUUCACAUUAUCCACAAAAUACUUCACCACCACAAUUUCAUGAAAGACCAUUGUACAUAUUAACAAAUGAUCCUCAAUCUGAACAACAUACAUUCACACCUGAAACUGAACAAUUAGGGUUUGAUUUUAUGUCAACACAACCUACUUUGGAUGAAAAUACCUUGUUAUCGAGUCAACUUGGUCAAAUUCCAAUGACAUCAUCUGGACUUAACGCUCCUAUAACUGUACCUAAUCCAAUAAUGCCUUUAGGUAAUUCAAAACAAAUUGAUAUUAACGGUACUACUUUAAAUCCUGGUGGAACAUUUUGGGAUGCAAAUUCUUUAUAUGUAUGGAAUCAAAUACCAACGACAGCGAGUCAAAUGUGGACACCAAAUGGCGGAAUUAGUCCACUUAGCAUAAGUACAUCUUCGACAGCUAACUCACCUACUGGACACCAAUCACCAGAUCAUGGGUCACCGGCAUCAAUUGAAAAUCAAUUUUCACAAAGUAAUGCUGGUUCCCCUGUUAAUUCUGUGGUAGAUCCUAUAAUUGUUGCUUCACAGAAUCAUGAAGAUUUAAACGUUUGGUAUAAUAAUUAA